CACGGGAGGGCUGCCAACUGUGCCUCAAGCUAGCUGGGAGAUUGUUUUAUGUCCAACAUGGCAUCAUCUUAAACUACCCUAUUCUCUUAUCUGUCCGUAAGCCAGUUAUCUGUUUAAAUAAGCGUGUUGUUCAUAUUGUUUCCUGGACUUUGACAUGUCUUGGAAGAUAUUCCAAAUAUAAACAGAGGCACAGAAUAAUAUCUAACCUAUAUUAGGAUAUUUACAUACUCUAUUCAGAUGCAAUAUAAUCACCCAUGAAAUUCUCUCUCUCUCUCUCUCUGCCACCCCCUCCCCCACCUUGCGCACAACAUGCUAGGCACACACAUCACACAUACCUACACUCGCACUCUGCACUAGCCUGGAGGUGGAAAUCAACUGAAUUUUGUCUGUUUUGUUUCCUUAAUUUUAUUCUAACACAAACUUGUAGUGGCUAUAGAAGGGCACUUUAAAACAAAUCCAGAUGUAUUUACAUGAUUUAAAACUGGGAUAAUUUGUAAGGGAAGAAUAAUCGUCUUCUCAUUCUGGUUCAUUAUUUUUUUUUACACCAGUAGAUUCAGUCUCAUUUGCCUAUUCUGGGCUCAUCAGAAAAAACCCAUCACAUCAGUGAAGGAGACUGAAGGGGCUGAGGUGUUAAAGGCAGAGCGAGGGGAGGGAGGGUGCUUUCAGAUCUCCUCGGUAGGACAGCAAGGAGACAGGCAACAAGGACUUCAGCAACCGCACACCGAAGAGAGAAGAGUUUCCUUGUUUAUCUAGUCACCAUGAAAACGGUCGUCCAGAUCUUGUGCUUCUUCUUUUUAAUAACUUUUUACAAAUGUGCGGUCAUCACUGGGGCGUGUGAGAGAGAUCUGCAGUGCGGAGCCGGGACGUGCUGCGCUGUCAGCCUGUGGCUUCGCGGGCUCAGGAUGUGCACUCCGCUGGGACAGGAAGGGGACCAAUGCCACCCAUUCAGUCACAAGGUCCCUUUCCUCGGAAAACGCCAACAUCACACCUGCCCGUGUCUGCCAAACUUCAUAUGUGCCAGAUUCCUCGAUGGCCGAUUCCGGUGUUCAGUGGACUUCAAGAACAUAGACUUUUAGCAACAGGAUGGCGCAUCAGAGAGCUUCCCAAAUGGAGAGCCGGGCAGCACUGCUCUCUGAAAUGUGCACCACUCAGAGCCUCUUUUCAUUUCUCUUCACCGUCACCACCACAGUGAGUGGAAAGACAAAAUAAGGGCAGGAGAUUUUCAGAGGCACAAAUAACACUGAGCACUGAUUAAGCACUGUCCUCACUAGAUCUCUCAGCACAUUACUAAAGAGGGAGGUAUCAUUAGACCCAUUUUAUAGAUGGGAAAACUGAAGAACAAGGAGGCAAAGUGACUUACGCAUGGUCACUCAGCAGAUCAGGGGCAGAGCCAGGAAUCGCAUCCAGGGCUCCUGCAUCCAUGUCCAGUGUUUUCACCACUAGCUUGCAUGAACUUGCCUAAUUCCCAUUGAUUUUCAAUGAAUUGGCUGCCUUACGUCCCUUUGAAAAUAUCCCCCAACAGCUUCUGAAAAUGACAGUUUGCAUGUAACAAAAGGGAUGCUGUCACCAAUGCUUCAGACCCAACAUUUAUCUUAUAAAGUAGAGCAAAGGGUUGGGUGUUCCUAGAAAGGGUUUCAGGAUUAAAUAACUCUGGCAAAUUGUGUAACCCUCAUUCUGGGCUUAGUCACACAAAUAGCCCCUGUGCUGUUAUUCCUAUUACAGCCUGGAGAACGUAUGGCCCAGUUACGGGAUGCUGGAAUAAAACUAUAAGAUAGGAGACAGAGGCAGGCUACAUCAGCCACUCUCUGAUUGCUGUAUGGAGUCCACCCCAGAGCUCCACCUUGCAAACGGAGGAGCAAUGUUGGCCUCUGCAAGCCAAAUCCCCCAUCCUUGCUCCUGUUGUAUCUACUGGGACGACUAGACAAGGAAGUACCGACAGGCUUUACAUUGACUUCAGCGGGUGUUUGAAUCAGUCCGUAGGAUGAAUACACACCACUGUAAGGAAAGGUGGGAUUGGUCCUGCCCUGGGCAGGGGCUGGACUUGAUGACUCCUGAGGUCUCUCCAGCUCUAUGGUUCUCUGAAAGGGUUAGCUAGUCACACCCUACGCAGCAGCCACCUAAACUUUUACGUCUGUCAGUCUCGCUGCAGGAGGACAAGUCUAAUUCAAUCUUGCUCACUAAUUUCUGUGGCAUGUUACCUUCAGGAAAGCCCAGCAGUUCAGAGGCAUGUGUUCACUUGCCCUUUCCAAAGGCCUGCUCAAGGCCCUUCUGUGUCAUUUGAUCUUCAUUGGUUUAAUCUGAGCCAUUAAUGGCAAACCGUAGGAUUGUUUCCGGUAAGGUAGAAGCAUUGCUCAAAUUCAGCAUUUAUUUUUGGUAUGGAGACAAAAAACCCAGUUCCCUGGGGACCUAAUGUUCUGCUCAUAAUAUUAUCUAUGUGGGAAACCUCCAUCUGACUGUAU